AUGGAUGGUUUCGACAAACUCGGAGAAGCGUCACUUCCACCAAAGAGCAAAUUCUUCAGCAAGCUGAACAACGAAGACAUCAGUGAUAUGGACUACAAAAGAGCUCAGAACGUGUGGAAUACCUUCAACAUGCAAACCAUGAGGGACUACCGCGACCUAUACCUGAAAACAGACGUUCUGCUCCUAGCAGACAUGAUGGAAAACUUCAGAGGGGUUUGUAAGGCAAACUACGGACUGGAUCCAAUGUG